UCUUGUAGCACAGGUAGGGGAAGCGCCAGACGUUGCCCAGCCCCACGGCGAAGCCCACGCACGACAUGAUGAAGUCCAUCUGCCGGGUCCAGGUCUCCCGCUCGGGGGCGGGCGCCUUGGGGGCGCCGGGGGCCCCCACGAGCGGCGCCGUCACGGCCCGCUCCUCGCCCGCCGCGGGGGGCUCGGCGCCCUCCGCCUCCCCGCGGCCGCGGCCCUCGGAGCCCGCCUGGGCGGGGGCGUCGCGGCGCGGGGCGGCGGGCGGCUGCUCGGCGGCCGUGUCGGCGGGGACGGGGGGCAUGGCGCGGCGGGCCGGGGCCGGGCCGGCGGCGGCCGGGGCGGGGGCGGCUCCGGGCCCGCGCUCAGAAGCAAUCCACGAAGCACUUGAAGGUGAGUCGGAAGAACCUCAUUGAGGGCGGCGGGCCGGGCCGGGCCGGGCCGGGGGGCGGCUCAGAGCCGGGCUGC